AUGGCCUUUUUCAUCUGCGGUUGUGGAGUGGCUUUGACAUGUUACAUUUACAAGCAUUUUAAACAGGAUUUCCAGGCGACAUUAGCUGAAUCAUUACAGACUGCUAUUAUUGUCGACCAUUCAGUUGUGGCCACCAAAAGCUAUGCCAUUGAAAAAUUGCAUUUAAAGGGCCGAUGUUGUGGUGCUGUCGAUUUUGAAGAUUGGAGGAACUCGAUGUGGUGGCAAAACGCUAAUAAUGAUACCGAUGCUUUGAACCAGCUUUACAUGAUGCAUGUGCCAGACUUUUGCUGUCGUACAAUCACUCCAAACUGUGGUCAAUCUGAUCAUCCAUCUAACAUCUUCUAUAAGGGUUGUGUGGAUUAUCUGAAGGAUUAUUUUGAUGUUCGAUUUUGGUCAAUAUAUGCAUUCUUAAUACUGUUAAUAUCGAUACAGGUAUCAAUUUUAUGUUCUUUAGCUCUUCUUUUUUCAUAUUUUUGAGC